AUGCACAUCUUGUGGGUUUUGCUGACCGUCCCAGCAGUUGUAACCACCGUCCAAGGGCAGCGGCCGCUCGCCUGUGACAGUGUGGGGGAUGGCAGUCCCGUCUGCAGCUGCAGGUCCGGACGCGUCUCCUGUGAAGACGCCGACUUGACGGACGUACCGACUGACAUUCCACCGGACACCGGCACCCUGGAACUCACCGGAAACAAGAUUACGUCACUUCCGGAGUUGGUGUUCGAUGAUCUGCCCCAAGUAUCUACUCUUGACCUUUCUGAUAAUGAGAUUGCUUCUAUAGAGGUUGGGGCGUUUGAUGGGUUAGGCGGCAGCCUCAGUAAGCUUGACUUGAACAACAAUGAGCUAAUCCCUGAAAGAAUCACCAAGUCCUCCUUCAAGACCAUGCACAUCUUGUGGGUUCUGCUGACCGUCCCAGCAGUUGUAACCACCGUCCAAGGGCAGCGGCCGCUCGCCUGUGACAGUGUGGGGGAUGGCAGCCCCGUCUGCAGCUGCAGGUCCGGACGCGUCUCCUGUGAAGACGCCGACUUGACGGACGUACCGACUGACAUUCCACCCGACACCGGCACCCUGGAACUCUCCGGAAACAAGAUUACGUCACUUCCGGCAUUAGUCUUCGAUGGUCUGCCCGAAAAACCGUAUAAGGAGGUUGGACAGCAUCUUGCCUGCGCUGCCGUCCCGUGUAGGAUCAAUAGAUCUGAGCGGUAA